AUGUCGACCGAAUUUCAAGUGCAAUGCCGAGGAUUGCCAUGGGAAGCUACUGAACAAGAUCUGAGAGAUUUCUUUGGAAACAAUGGUAUAGCAAGUUUGGAUAUUCCGAUACGAAAUGGGCGUACUAGCGGGGAUGCUACCGUCACUUUCACCAAUGAAGACGACUACAGGCAAGCAUUAAAGAAGGAUCGUGAGCAUUUGGGUAGCAGGUUUGUCAUUUGGGAGCGAUUUAUAAUAUCAUCUAACAAAGGUUACAGAUACAUCGAAGUAUUUCCAAUGGAUGAACCUCCAAGAAGACGUGGUGAUCGUAACGAUUUCCGUCCUCGCGGUGGUGGUCCACCCAGGGAUCGAUUUUCCGACAGGGGAAGUGGUCAACGUACUGGUCCCAGCACAGACCCAAUUGUUCGGCUUCGAGGAUUACCGUUCUCGGUAACCAUCCGUGACAUCAACGAUUUUCUCGCUCCUCUGCCAAUUGUUCGCGACGGUAUUCUUCUUCCUGAUCAACAACGAGCACGUAUUGCUGGCGAAGCUUACGUUGUCUUCGAUUCACUGGAAAGUGUUCAAAUAGCGAAACAGCGGCACAUGAAAAAUAUCGGACAUCGAUACAUCGAAGUUUUCGAAGCAACUCAACGUGAGCUUUCGAGAUUCGCUGACGACAAUGGACUUCGCGUACCACGAAUAGGCCCGUCUCCAUUUGUUUCUUCUCCACCCAGUGGCCCUCCGAGAGGAGCCUAUGAUCCAUACGGUCAAGUGGAUAGUUACAAUCGUGCUUCAGAAUACCGUCGUGCGGAACCAGAAGACCCUUACGGUAGGGCAAGAGCACCAGCUCCGGAUUUUAGCUCUAGAGCGCCUUAUGACCCUUAUCAACAACCGGCUGCAGCAUACUCAAGCCAGCCCUCUGCAACUGGCUUCUAUGACAACUACGACUCAAAACCAACCUAUGAUAGCUACGCGCGGGACAGAGCUCCAGAUCCACGUGACGCUAGAGAUGUUCGAGAUGCCAGAGAUAUGAGAGGCUCGAGAGAUGCACCAAGAGACUCGAGAAUGUCUGAUUCGCGCAUGGGAGAUUCGAGAGCUCCAAUGGACCCUUACGCCAAAGAACCAAGGUAUCCGGAUGAUGGCUAUACUUCGAGGGACCCAUAUUGGCGUGGUUCUAGUGGAGGGCAAUCGGGACAUGUUAGCGCUGGAGGAGGACCAGGAAUUCCAUCGGCUCCUGUUUCGCGGGACAUUUAUUCGGGAGGAGAUUCUUGGGCAACUGGAGGUGGAGGAGGAAGUAGGGCUGGAGGACCGGUCGCUUCCGAUAGAGAUCGCUUCGGAAGUGGGAGUUAUACCAAUGAGCCGUACGCACAGAGAGAAGCUGGCGGAGCUUUGCGCCGUUCAGAAUACGGACGUCCGGAUGAUCGAUAUUCCAGACCGGAUCCAUACGGAUAUGGGAGAGAUCGGGAUUACGGUAGCCAUGCUGCUCCAAAUAAUCAACACUUCGUUCUACGCAUGAGAGGCGUACCAUUCCGUGCCACUGAAACUGACGUCUACGAAUUUUUCCACCCGAUUCGUCCAAAUCAAGUCGAGCUCAUCCGCGACAGCCAAUACCAGCGUCCAAGCGGAGAUGCUCGGGUUAUUUUCUACAGUCGGAAGGACUAUGACGAUGCUCUGAUGAAGGACAAGCAAUACAUGGGAGAACGUUACAUAGAGAUGAUACCAGACAAUGGAAGAUACUAA